AUGGCCAGGACCACAGCUCUACUGGGGCUACUCGCCUCCAUACAUAGUGCGUUUGCUGUCAGCACAAUUGACAACUGGGAAGAGAUCACCCCUUCUCCUCAUAUUCAAUGGACCCCCUGCUUCCAGAACUUUACUUGCACCCGACUCCAAGUUCCCCUUGACUACGGAGAUCCAAGCCGCGGCACCACGGCCAUCGCAUUCCUCAAGCGCGCUGCAACGAAUGCAACCAAAAACACCCGCAACGUCCUCAUCAAUCCCGGCGGACCAGGCAACUCAGGCGUCCAAUAUGUCAUGGGAAAUAUCUUCCCCUUCACCGACGUGAUCGGCCCAGAGCAUAACAUCAUCGGCUUUGAUCCUCGCGGUUAUGAGAGACUAUUCUACACCGACACGGCAUAUGCCUCGUCGACCUCAUUGAGCGAGCAGUUCUAUGCCGCGGAGUUCUUUGGAAAGGCGUGCACGUCUGUUGUCGGUGGGACGGACGGUAGCGCGGCCUUCGUGAGUACUCCAGCCGUUGCCCGCGACAUGCUCACCUUUAUCAAGGCCGAGCAGAGAGCAGCCGGGGAGCCAGAGGGGGAUGCUAGAUUAGCAUACUACGGAUUCAGCUACGGCACUGUCCUCGGGGCUACAUUUGCACACAUGUUCCCCGACAGCGUGGGCCCAAUGAUUCUCGACGGGGUGGUCGAUGCCGAAGAUUACUACGACCUAGGAUGGAGAGAGAACCUGCACGACGCAGACGCAGCAAUGGACGCAUUCUUCGAGUUCUGCGUGCAUGGCGGACCGAGCAUGUGUUCCUUUUACGGCCCUAACGUCCAGAACCUCAAGCGCCGCUUCCAGAACCUCCUCGACCACUUGAAGUACCAUCCAAUUCCCGUCAGCAAUCCCACAUCGUGUUCUCUCCCCGCGCUAGCAACCUACUCAGGCCUCAAACAGAUCGCCCUCCAGGCGGUCUACGCGCCCGUGUCAUACUUCCCCAUCCUCGCGGACGUCCUCGCCGGCCUGGAACAGGGAAACGCAACCGCGUACACAGCUGCAGUUACAGGGGGCUUCACCGUCGUGAACCCUUGCACUGCGAACUCGUCAAGCUCGAUCCCCGACAUCAGCCCCGUGAUCCGCUGUGUUGAUGGUGUGAAUGGCAGCCAGCGGAUCGAGACACUCGCAGAGUACCAAGAGUAUGCCAGUUACCUGAGUAACCAGAGCCAGGUUCUAGGGGAGGCGUGGGCCAAUAUCGCCAAUGGGGUGUCCUGCCGGUCGUUUGAGGUCCACCCGCAUGAGACGGGAAAGCUUCAUGGUUUGUGGCGUGAUUCGGAACUGUGCGUACAUGAUCUAGCCUUGUUUAUGCUGACGGACGUGGUGGACUCUGCAGACUCGAUCCUGCAACGCAGGAAGACCGCCACGCCGCUCCUCUAUGUCAGCGCGGACAUCGACCCCGUUACCCCGAAGCGGAAUGCGUACAAGAUGUCUUCUGUGUUCGAAGACUCCACCGUCCUGCUCCAAGCCUCCGUCGGGCACACUGCAAUCGCCAGUGCAUCGAAAUGUCUAGCGCGGCAUGCCCAAGCAUAUUACACGCAUGGCGAGCUUCCAGAGCGCGAUGUAAUCUGUGCAGCGGAUCUUGUGCCGUUUGAGAAGGUCGUGGUGUAG